UACCCAUUCAUGGGUCAUAGAGAAGGUGAGCACCUCUCUAUAAAUCUACUGCCUCACCAUUCCAUUCCUCCCACCAUUUCUUCACUUCAAGCACACACACACGCACAGAGUUGAAAAUGGCGGUCACAGUGCCCAAAAUCAAAUUGGGUUCACAGGGUUUGGAAGUAUCAAAACAAGGGCUGGGCUGCAUGGGCAUGUCAUAUGGGUAUGGCCCUCCCAAGCCCGAAGAGGACAUGAUCAAGCUCGUCCACCACGCCAUCAACUCCGGCGUCACCUUCCUCGACACCUCCGACAUGUACGGCCCCCUCACCAACGAAAUACUUAUUGGCAAGGCUUUGAAGGGAGGGAUGAGAGAGAAAAUGGAAUUAGCGACGAAAUUCGGGAUCAAGUUGGAGGAAGGAGUUAUUUGUGGUGAACCGGCAUACGUGCGGGCUGCUUGCGAGGCCAGCUUGAAGCGGCUUGACAUCGAUUGCAUUGAUUUGUAUUACCAGCAUCGCAUUGACACUCAAGUGCCCAUUGAAGUCACGGUAAAUUUGCUCCUCUUUUAG